GGCUUUCAAGGUCGUACACGUGCGUAAAUGAAAACGAGAUCUUUCACCCUGCGGAGUCAUCAGAGGGAGCAGAGAAGCUUUAUUUACCGAGGGUGAAGAAGGGCUUUCAUUUUUUAUAUUUUAUAACUCACGUACCCAGCAGAACGGACGAGAUGCCUCGAGGGAGCAGGAGCACUGGUAGUAGGGUUUCACCCAGCAGUCAUGCACCUACAUCUCAUGCCCCAGUUCCUGUGCAGUCACCACCUAGUGCAAUUGCCCCAGCUCAGCCACAGCAGCCAGGGUUAAUGGCCCAGAUGGCUACUACAGCUGCAGGGGUUGCUGUGGGUUCAGCAGUGGGUCAUGUGGUAGGCCAUGCAAUUACUGGUGCAUUCAGUGGAGGCAGCAACUCAGAACCAACAACGUCAGCAACAUCUCCAAAGCAGGAACCUCCUCGUCAGCCAGCAUACCAACAGCAUUACGGUCCUUGCCAGUACGAAAUAAAGCAAUUCUUGGACUGUGCAACUAAUCAGUCUGAUUUGACUCUGUGCGAAGGAUUCAGUGAGGCAUUGAAACAGUGCAAACACAAUCAUGGUCUCGCUACCCUUCCAUGAAGUGAUCUGUUCUUGGGAUGCGAUGGCUUAGAGAGCUAACAGUCAGAUGUAUGGGAGAAGUAUGGACCCAGAUGCACUUUCAAUUUAGUCUGUGUGGCAGAGACCUACAAGAUUGAAUCCAGACAUUUCACACUCUUCAUACAUUCUUCACUUCUCAUACCUGCUUAAUAAACACUAGUCGUAAACAUUGUGGACAGUUUCCAGCUUCAUGUUUAGAUAUAUUUAAUUUGGGGUAUAUAAUAAAAUAGUUUUAUUCUGUCAA